CGCUUCUCGCAAGAUGAAUAAAUUAUUUCUGGGAAUAUUUGCAAUUACUUUCAUUCUUUAUGGAUACUCAACGGCCGAGCCUGAGCCAGGCACUCAAACCUUGGCGAAUAUUUUAACUUAUUUCAAAACGGCUGAACUUUGUGGCCAUGUGACCCAAGUAUACCGCUGGCGCGAUGAUUUCGGAAAAUGGGAUAUUCGUUUCAAAGCCACUCUUGCAGAAGGCGAAAAUGCAGAAACCCUUUGCAAAUGCAUGUACGAUUACAUCAAUCAAAAUAAUUGGCUCGGCCCUAAAACUGAGAAAACAUGCAUCCGAAGCCCCAAUUGUAUAACAUUGGUCUUACAAGGUCCCUCAAGUCCAGACUACGAUCCAACAAAACCACCAGUGGUUAAACCAAUCGCUGCAUUAUGUGCAGUUUUGAAAAAUUUCAAGACUGUCGAUCUAGGUAAUCGAUCAUGUACGUCUAAAUGCGUUCCAGAUGGCAAAUUCACCCGCCUAGAGCUACAAUGUGAGUUAACAUGCGAGUCACCGAGCCCGACAGACGCUCGUGACAUGGUUAUACAAUACUUGAAUCAACAUGGUUUGAUUGCGGCAGCUAACGUAACUGCCAAGGUCGAAGGAAAGUUCGUUAAUGUACUUGUCCUCGGUGAUUAACAUAUUGAAUUCAAGAAAGGGUUUCAAAUAUGUAUAAAUAUUGAGAUGUUUGGAAUAAGUGUCUUGUAAUAAAUAUUGU